AUGGCAGCGCCGUGCAGCCUUGCGCAGGCGAGGGUUGCCGCAGACUCUCGACCUCCUCGCCACCAACGCCACGUUGCCCCAGUGCGGCCGCGUGGAACUCCGCAUCGAGGCGGGUGCUGUGCGCUCGGCCGCGACGGGCAAGAACUCCUUGGGCCACACCACCCUCGAGCUCCCGAACGCGUGCCCCGUAUUCCAGGAGGCCAACAGGAAAGCGAGUGCUGGCUGGUGCGGGACGCCGCGAUCCGGCGCAGGGGCGCGGACAACGACAACCUGGAGGCCGACCUGGCGUCGCAGGGCCUCGCCCUCCGCGGGGUGGAGCGCGCGGACGAGCUCUGGGCCAGGCUCGCGGCGCGCACCUUCAUGCCGGCAUGCGUUGUCUUCCCUGGCCUCGUGCUCAACAGCACCGUCGCGGGGCUGCACACCAACGCCCUGUUUGAGUACGUCAGGCUGGGAGGCCAGCUGUAUUUCGUGGGGGGCAGGGCCAGCGUCCAGGCGCUGCAGGACGGGGAUGUCUGUGGGCUGAAGAUGACGCCCGGCGUCUCCGGCAACCACCAGCUCCUCGCCAAGGAGUUGCCCUUCGAGGUCUCCAGCGAUACUGGUUCGGGUACUGGCCACUGCCUCAGGGGUGUCGACCAGUUCGCCCAGUUCCUGCAGCUCCGACAUCUCCGUCGCACCGUCUUCCCCGAGAGCACGUUCUUUGGCAGCACGCUGGUGUACAAUGUCUGCAACGGCGUGAUCCUCGAGCUCAGCUCCCCCAGAAACCGAAACGCUGCAACAACUAACAACUUGUACGACCACAUCACCGGCGUCAGGAUCAAAGGGGAGGUGGGCCGGGAGGAUGGGGAUGUCUUUCGCCGCAUCCCCUUGCACGCCUGUUCGACCAUUGGGCUUGUGCUGUCCGAGACCGCACUGGACGCCGUGCCGAAGGUAGGGGAGCUUUGCCACCUCGUCUCCAAGGACCAGUACGCGCCCCCUGUUGGCCUACGGCUCAUGUUCCGCAGCACCGAUGAAGCUCGCAGGGUUCAUGCCGCUCCCCAUAGGCAGACAUCCCGCGCAGGUGCGGACAGGGUCGCCAUCGAGAUCCCGAGCACCCCUGUGCAACUGGGGCCCCUGCCGGGAAACGGAAGGCGGCAGCUGAUCGAGACACUGGCGGCUGCCGCUUAG